AUGAAGAAUUUUAUAUCAUCGCGUUUGCCUCAGCUGCAGGUCCAGCAGGCUGAGUCCAACUUCGUACGCGGAGAUGUAAAAUGGACAAAUAGGGAUCUUGAUCCUGUCCCGAAGGACAUGCGAAAAUGGACCGUUCUCAGUUUUAUUGGUUACUGGAUUUCGGAUUGCUUCUCCGUUGCGAACUGGCAGCUGGCGAGCAGCAUCAUCGCCAUCGGGCUCUCUUGGAAAGAAUCUUUGGGCAUGGUGGCUCUAGGAUUCUUUAUUCUUUCCAUUGUGAUAUCCAUGAACGGAGCCAUAGGAGCGAUCUACCAUAUCCCUUUUCCUGUCAUUGCACGCGCAAGCUGGGGAUUCUGGGGCUCGUAUAUUCCAAUUAUUUCGAGGUUGAUUCUCGCCGUCUUCUGGUUUGCCACUCAGGUUGUAAACGGGGGGAACUCUGUUGUUGUCAUGAUCGGAGCUAUCUGGCCAAGCUUCUUGGAUAUCCCGAAUGCGCUCCCGGGGAAUGCAGAUAUCACGACACAGGGCAUGGUGGGAUUUUUCAUCUUUUGGCUAUUUCAAAUCCCCUUUCUUCUGUUCCACCCAAAUAGGCUUCGCUGGCUAUUUCUCUUCAAAUCAGUUGUUGUGCCCAUUGCAUGGAUUGCUAUGCUCAUCUGGGCCUUUGUCGGUACUUCAAAUGCAGGUGAUAUCUUUUCACAGAAGAGUCAAUUGACUGGGUCUUCCUAUGCAUGGGCCAUGAUGUCAGCUCUCACAUCGGUCAUUGGGAACUAUGCGACACUUAGUGUCAAUCAAGCGGACUUUUCGCGAUAUUCUUGCGUCAACCCUCGGUGGCAUCUACUCUACGUGGUCUUACUCCCAGCAUUCUUCACUUUCAUUGCGUUUAUUGGCAUCGCCGUUUCCUCCGCCGGGCAGGCCAAAUUCAAUACCGACUCUAUUCCGUGGGACCCGAACGUUCUCAUAUCACUCUGGAGUAGUCGGGCUUGUCGAUUCUUCGCUGCGUUUUCUUUCGCCCUCGCCGCGCUUGGAUCUAAUAUCUCUGCAAAUUCCUUGGCAGCAGCAAAUGAUCUCUCCGCUAUUGCACCUAAAUUCAUUAAUAUCCGACGUGGGCAACUUAUCUGUGCUCUGCUUGCCUGGGCACUAGUUCCUUGGAAGAUUCUUGCAUCCGCUGGGAAUUUCCUCAACUUUAUGUCAGCCUAUGCGGUCUUCCUUGGACCUAUUGCCGCCAUUAUGCUAUGUGAUUAUUGGAUAGUUAAGCACCGGAAGUACGACUGUCUUGCUUUGUAUCGCCCCAUGGAUAUUUAUCGGUAUUUCCAUGGAUUUAACUGCCAUGCUCUGGUGGCCUUUGUGACGGGCACAGUUCCCAGUCUCCCAGGCUUGAUGCAUUCCGUAAAUGCAAAAAUCGAAAUUGGGGUUGGAAUCCAUCCAUAUGAAUUCGGCUGGCUUCUAGGUUUUGUCGGCAGCGCACUUGUUUAUGUUGGUCUAAACCUCUGUUUCCCUUAUACCAAUGCAAAUAUCAGCAUGGCUAUCCUUCCGGACGACAAUCUGGAAGAAGUUGUGCCGGAUGAGAGUGUUGUGGUAUUAGAUAAGGAAUGGAAAGGCAAGGAAAUAAGUUGA